AUGGUCACCGAAAUCACCGGUCCCGAGCCGGCCGUGGUGGCUGACCUGCCAGGCCGGUCCAUGUUGGUCCUUUACGGCUCGGAGACCGGCAAUGCUCAGGAUAUUGCCGAAGAAAUUGGUCGCAAUGCCCAGCGUCUGCAUUUCAAGACCAAGGUUGAUGAGAUGAACGGAGCUCAGUUGAGCGUGUUGCUUCAAUACUCGAUGGUCAUAUUUGUCAUAUCAACGACGGGCCAAGGUGAUAUGCCUCGUAAUUCGAUUGCCUUUUGGAAAAGCCUUUUGAGGAAGAAGCUACCGCCUGGCUGCCUCGGCGCGGUGAAGUUCACGACAUUUGGACUUGGCGAUAGCCUAUACAUCAAAUUUAACUGGGCUGCUCGAAAGUUGCAUAAGCGGCUAGAGCAACUGGGUGCCGUAGAGUAUUAUCCACGAGGCGAAGCAGACGAGCAAGACUCGGAUGGAGCGGACGAAAGAUACAUGCCUUGGGCCGCAGACUUGCAAAAGCGCUUACUCGAGCUGUACCCCCUGCCAGAAGGGGUCUCUCCCAUCCCAGAGGGCGCUCUUCUACCCCCGAGGUACACCGUCGAGCUAGCCACGAGCACAGAGACACUACAAAAUGGAACCUCUGGCAGCAGUGGCGAGCAUAAGACAAACGGGCAUGUGGUAGAGAUCGGAAACGACGACCAGCCCAAUGGUACUUCUCCCAACUCAAAGACAAUGAGCGCCAUCGAGGAUAUAACACAUGCGACCAAUGAAAUGACUAUUGCCGAACCUUCGCCAACGGGGAACGGGCUCGAAUCUCAAAAUCAAACUCCUCCAACAACUCUCUUACCCAUCCCUGACGGCCAUGCCGCCUCGCUAGAACUCAAUGAAAGAGUGACACCUACGAAACACUUCCAAGACGUCCGUCUCGUACGCCUCGCCGUCGAGCCUUCUGCCAAUGGACCUCCCACAAUAAACCCGUUUGACAGCCUAACGAUUUAUCCAAAGAACUUCCCCAAAGACGUCCAAAAGCUCAUAGACCUAAUGCAAUGGAACAACAUUGCCGACUCUCCUCUGUCCUUCAGGUCUUCUUCUGGGGCCACCAAUCUCCCUCGAGGUCUCUACAUCAGUCACGACCGUCCGACGACCCUACGUGAUUUGCUCACGCACAAUCUUGACAUCACCUGCACCCCGCGCCGAAGCUUCCUCAAAGAGAUGUAUUACUUCUCCGACGACGAAUACCACAAGGAGCGCCUCCUUGAGUUUACAAUGCGCGAGUACACGGAUGAGUUCUACGACUACACCACCAGGCCCCGCCGCACCAUCCUCGAGGUCCUCGAGGAGUUCACCUCCGUCCGGAUACCCCUGAGCCGCGUCCUCGACAUGUUCCCCGUCAUGCGCGGCCGAGACUUUAGCAUAGCCAGCAUUACCCACCAACCCAGCCUCCCGCCCUCUCAAGAGACGACGUCGACGACGACGACUACGACAAUGACAACAGGAACGAAGACGAGCAUCACCCUGCUGAUAGCCCUCGUCAAAUACCAGACCAUCCUCCGCAAAAUCCGCCAGGGCCUCUGCUCUCGCUACCUCGAAUCCCUGACCUCGCCCGGAACCCCUCUCCGCAUAACCCUCCACCGCAGCUCCGCAUCCCUCCACGGGCCCAUCCACGCCCGCCGGCCCCUUUGCGCCGUCGCAACAGGCACCGGCGUUGCGCCCCUCCGCCUCUUUAUCGAAGAACGCCUCUCCCACCUCGCCUCAGGUGUGAGCGUCGGCGAUACCGCCGUCUUCUUCGGUAGCCGCAGCAGAGAAGCAGAUUUCCACUUUAGUGACGUCUGGGAAGACCUCAAGGCGAAGUAUACCCUACCUUCUUUUCCUACCACUACCACUACUACUACCGAUUCUGCUGCUGCUGCUGCUGCUGCUGCUGCUAUAAUCAACCACGCCGACGCCGCAUCCGCAACCCCCGCCAACCCCAAAUUCGACGUCCUGCCAGCCUUUUCUCGCGACAAGUCCGUCCCGCGAGCCUACGUCCAGGACGUGAUCCGCAAACACCCCGAAACCAUCCGCGCCAUGGUCGCCUCGGACGCCAUCUUCGUCGUCUGCGGCGGCAGCCUCAAGAUGUCGCGCGCCGUCAAGGAGGCCGUCAAGGAUUGUUUGCGCGGCGACUCGUCGAGGUACCCGGACGACGCGACCGUGGAGGCUGCCUUUACGAGGCUGACUUGGUGGGAGGAGAUUUGGUAA